GAUACAAGCUGUAUAUGGGCAUUUUUCCUGACCUUAUGUCUAUGGAGAUUUUUGUACCUUACUCUGGCAGAAUGCAGAAUAAAACAACAGCAUCCCAAGGGCACUGGAACAGAAUGGCGCCAGCCUGGUGGAGUACAGUGAUCUGGGUUGUGAUCAGUGCUGUUGACUUUAGAAUUAUUGAAUGCAAAGGUCUGGGAGAAGUCCAUCCAGAAGUAGCCACAAACUAUGGGAGGCUUCGUGGGAAACAAGCAGACGUGAAGGGCACAGAGAAGUGGGUCAAUGUCUUCCUGGGUGUUCCCUUUGCAAGACCUCCGACUGGCUCCUUGAGAUUCUCCUCACCGCAGCCGCCUGAACCAUGGGAUGGCAUCAGAGAUGCAGCCAAUCACCCAGCAGUGUGCCCCCAGGACCUUAAUAUACUCAAAGGAGUUCAGAAAAGAUGGAAAGAAAAGCAUCCACCCUUCCAAAAUUCUGAAGACUGUUUAUAUUUAAACAUUUAUACUCCAGCUCAUUCGUCCAAGACAUCCAAGUUACCCGUGAUGGUGUGGAUUCAUGGAGGGAAUUUUGUAUUUGGGGCGGCUUCCAGGUAUGAUGGUUCAGCAAUAGCUGCCUAUGAAGACGUGGUGGUGGUAACCAUUCAGUACAGGCUGGGCCUCUUGGGGUUCUUCAGCACAGGGGAUGAGAAUGCCCGAGGGAACUGGGCCUUCUUGGACCAGCUGGCAGCUCUCCAAUGGAUCCACGAGAACAUCGGGCCUUUUGGGGGUGAUCCGGAGUCUGUGACUCUCUUUGGUGCAUCUGCAGGAUCAGUCAGUGUUUCAGCCCAUGUUCUGUCUCCCUUAUCCAAGGGCUUAUUCCACAGAGCCAUUCUGGAGAGUGGCGUUGCACAGCUUCCAACAACCUUCUCCUCCAGGCCUCAGCUGGGUGCUGAAAUAAUUGCACGUGUAUUGGGCUGUGAGAUGACCACCUCAGCUGCCAUGGUGCAGUGCUUGAGGCAGAAGAGUGAGCAGGAGCUGAUCCUCGCCAACAUUACGAUGCAUAGCAUUGGCCCAGUUUUGGAUGGUGUGUUUAUGCCCAAGACCUCUGAAGAGAUUCUGGCUGGAAAAGAGUUCAGUGCUGUGCCCCUCAUGGUUGGGGUCACCAACCAUGAAUUUGGCUGGAACAUUCGCAUUACAUCACCCCUGAAAGGGCUGAGAGAAGUGGGAGACAGAAACACCAUCUACGCCACUUUGAAGACACUCCUUUCCUUUUUGGGGAUCCCACACAAAAUCCUGCCAAUGUUGCUCGAGGAGUAUCUAGGAGAAACAAACAACCUUGAUGAACUUAGAGAGGGAUUCCUGGACUUGCUGGGAGAUGCAAUCAUUAUCAUCCCAUCCAUUAAAACAAUGCAAUAUCACAAAGAGUCUGGUGCUUCAGUUUACUUCUUUGAGUACCAGCACCGUCCCAACUUGUACCAUGACACCAAACCAGAUUAUGUUAAAGCGGAUCAUGCGGAUGAAGUUGGCUUCGUUUUCGGGGGGCCAUUUCUCACUGGUGACAUCCGCCUGCGUGAUGAAGCCACUGAAGAAGAGAAACUCCUAAGCAGAACAAUAAUGAAAUACUGGGCUAACUUUGCACGCAAUGGAAACCCGAAUGGAGAAGGCUUGGUGGAGUGGCCAGCUUAUAACACUGGGGAGCAGUAUCUAGAGUUAAAUCUGAAGCAGAAAGUAUCAUCAAAGCUGAAAGAGAAGAAGGUGGCAUUUUGGAUUAAGACUGUUCCUGAAAAGAUUAAUGAGCUGAGGCAGAAACAUACCGAUUUAUAAUUCACCAGCUUCCAGAUAAUAAAUUGAGCACAAAAAUUGCAAACAAUUAGAACAUUUUCCUUCAUUACUUGCUGAAGCAUGUUUUACUACAAAUCAAAAACAGCGUUUUCCUAUUUUGAGCUGGAAAAUGUUGGAGAGUAUCUAAUUAUUUGUUACUCUUUAAAAAUGUUUAUUCUUUAUCUAUGUGAUGACCCUGAGGUCUACAUAUUGUUUCUAAGACUAGAUAAGAAUUUCCUUUUGUUUACCACAAUGUUAGUUUCAAAAUCUUAUUAUUAAAAUACACAAUAAAAUAUUUCUGCUUUAACCAAA